AUGACGGAUGUCCCACCACCACCACCGCUAGGGGCUCCAGACCCGGAGCCUCAACCGGAGCCACGGGUGCGCAAGAGGCGCCGACGGACGAUGGCCUGCGUGCAGUGCCGUAGCAGAAAGCUCCGCUGUGAUAGGAAGCUUCCUAUGUGUAGCCGUUGUGAGAGCAGCAAGACCGCCAUCAAUUGCACCUAUGAGAAAGAAUUCCUCUGGCAACAACCCAAUACGGUUGUUACGCCCGCUUUCUCCGAGCGCGGUCCCACUAGUACUACCACCAUCUCUCAAGCCGCGCAUCUUGCUCGGGCUCACCCUGCCCCGGACUCGGCGUUAAGCUCAAGUCUAACUCGGUCUCAACCGACUUCUUCGGAUACGCGUCCCGCCCUAGAGAAACGGGACCGUUUCCUGGAGACUGUCCUGGGUGCCCCGAAGGCUGCCGUCAAUCAGGAGCCGUACGUGAAUACCGAGUUGCUGCACCGUUCGAAACAUCCUGCUGGUGUAAGUCAUCAUGCAGCGCCAUUGCAUCGUCUCGGGGACGAUGAGGGCCCCGCGUCUCCCUCGCAACAGCUCGAUAUCUCUCCCAGAAUCAUGAUGCGAGGAAAAGAAACAAAGACCCGCUUCAACGGGUCGGGUAUCUUCGCCAAUCUGAUCGCUCAGGUUUGUCAUGCUCCAAUCACAUGCAUCUCGUAG